AUUUUCGCUAUCGUUGCCGCUGCUGGCAUGUUGGGUGAUAGCAGCGCAAUUGUCACGACAUUCGCUCCUCGUUCGUUUACCGUGGCGCAUCAACAAUAAAAUUAUUCGUUCGUUCAUUCGUUUCUUUCGGUUUGUUCGCUUAUUAUUUUACUUGCUAUUGCAGUAUACACUAUAAUUUGCUGACGUUUGGAAAUUCUGAUUCGAGAAGUCGUCCGUAAAAUUCCAAACAUAAAAGAUGUGAAAUAUUUGUUGUUGUUUAAGCUACAGUUGUUUGCAAAAAAUGUAUUUAUAUACAAACAAACAAGAACUCCAAUUGGAAUCACCUUGAGGUGAUGGCAGAAGAAAUCAGUGACAACACAUACAUAUGUAGAUAACAGAAAAAUUACAGAAAAAAAACGUUAACAACAACAACUAAAAUUGAGGUGCAUGCAAUUGUCUUAGCUCGCUCGUUUGUCUGUUUGUCUGUUUUUGUGUUUUGACAUGUGUGCAUAUUGGUGUGUGGAAAUGGAAAUUGCCACAAAAUUGAAUUGAGAAGGCGAAAAGGCAAAACAGCAAAGUGCAAAGUUUGCGAAAAACAAUAAUAAAGCAGAAUUAAAACAUAAAUAUACACACAAGAGCGCGCGCAUAAAAUGAAAACACCAAGUGGGUACGUCGGAACGGUUGUGGAUGUCGAGGAGUCGUUGCUCAUUUGAUUUCAGGGGGAAUAUAUAUACGUUGGCACAUAUGGAGCAUCUUGGCAGCGGUAACAUAAAGUGAAAAACGCGCUAUGGCGAACAGUGCAGUGUUAAAAUUUCAAUUCCAUUUAUCAAAUGAAGCAACAAAAGAAAUCGCAACCAAUAGCAAUCAACCAAUAUUAGCGUUAAAAACAUAAGAAUAUUUAAAAGUUUCAAUUGCCAUCAACGCAAUUGUUUUGAAAUAAAAAAUUUAUAAUUGUGCGCCUACGAAACAACAGCAGGAAGCCGAUAGCAACAGCAGCUAUACUGGAGGCAGUCAAUCAUCCGUCGAUUGCACGGGGUGGUGAACGGGCGUUUUGUAGCGAUUCCGCUAGCAAAUAGUUUCGCCAUCGAAAUCCGAAAGUUGGCUUUUUUAUAAACGCAGAAGUGGCCACAGGACCAGGCCGACAUGGACGCUACUACGGUUGAAUGUAUUACCGCUAUGCCACUUAGUGCGGUUGCCAGCAACAGCAAUAGCAACACUAAUAUGAGUUGUGGCAGCAGCAGCAGUAGUAGCAACAGUAGUGGUUAUGCGAGCGCCACCACCACCCCCACCAAUCCGGCAUCAGCUGGCAGUCAGUAUUCGGAUACGCAUUCCACCACACCUGUGGGCAUGGUCGAGCCGACACCAGUGGCCACAAUAGCUGCUGUAACGCCGUACUAUAAUGAAACUUUUCAACAUCAACAACACCAACAACAGCCACAACUUCAUCAUCAUCCGCCACAUCAACAGUACCAUCAUCAAACACAUUCAUAUCAAUUGGCGGAACAAUUGCAGGUGCCUUCAGCAUCGCAAUAUAACAGCAACUAUGACUCGUAUGCGUACUUGGGAGGUGGCGAUAGCUAUCCGCAGUCUACUGGUGCCGAACGCAAUUUGCUGGGCAUGCGGCAUACAACGGCAAUCUACACCACCUUGGAAAAGCCAAGCAAGCUGCCCACGCAGACGGCAAUGCAAACAAACAGCCAAACUGCCAACAACAACAAUAGCAAAGUUUUUAAUAGUAGCAGCAGCACCGAAAGCAGUCCGAAUAAUCAAAAACGUAAUGGUGAAACAAGCACGUCCGCAAAACCACAAGCCACCGCCACACCAUUCUACGCACAGCCGUUGCAAACUAGUGGCUCAGCCGCCUAUGUGGAUCCUUACAAAAACAAAUUACCCAUAAAAUUGCCAAACCACAUCAUCGAUUAUAUUAAUUAUAGUAAUCAACCGAUGGAUGCUACCAACUCACCGACUUAUGCGCAAAAUUUUACGCAAUAUCACGUCGGUGGAGAGACGCCACAAGAGGUUGCGUAUGGCACGAGUUCGGCGCAAAUGAAACCAUUACCUGCAGUCCCGAGUGCACGCGUGCCACAGCAACGUCUGGGCGUGCAUUACGGCACCAUCGGCAGCGCCACAAAUACCAAUAGCAGUAGCAGUAGUAGCAGUGGCUCUCCUUAUAUUGAUAAGUACGAUAAAUAUAUUUACACUGCAGUGACCACAGCAACACCGUCUCCGUACUAUACUUCCACACAACCCGCAAACCUAUCAGCAGUGGCGUAUAAUGCAGUCACGUUCACGGCGACGCCACCCGCACCUUCAACCAUCCCACCGCAGUACGCCGCUGAAAUUCCCAAUGACGCAUACCGUAAGACAUCCGCAUCUUCGUCGUGGCACUGGAGCAUGGAUUAUGCUAACGGAAAUUGUCGUUCUCUACCACCGCCUGCCAAUGGCAUACCAACUGCUGCUAUACCACCCACAAAUGCCAGCUACGUAGCGGCAAACGCCACCGUCGCCGCAAAUCGUGAUAUGUAUUACACACCUGAGAAAUAUAGCAACAAAUAUGAUAAGUAUAAUUCUUAUUACAACCCUCACCAACAGUAUAUGGCGACGAACGCGGCUGGACGUAGCGUCUGGCCGAAUUCCUCGCAUGCCUCACCACACCUUGUAGCCGGACUAGCCGAUCGUUUGCCACAUCCAUACUCGCACCAUGCACCACUACCUCCAAGCGGCAUUCCAACCGCAAUAGCACCACCUACGCAUCCUUCCCUCGCAUAUCAUCAUCCCUACCCGCCUUCCGCAGCUCCAGUUGCUGCUCGCCAAAAUUGUUGCCCACAACCAUAUCAGCAACAGAAUUGCUAUUAUGCGCGCACUGCACAUCAUCCUCACUUUCUUCCCAAUGCCUACAAUCCACACGCGCAAACCACUCCGUAUGGCACUACGGGCACAACUGCUGGCAGCAACAACAAUAAUUCGACAGGAAAGUAUGGCGUGCUUGACUAUGGGCAUGCCAGCAAGAGCAAGGUCAAUACGAAUGAUCUCUAUGCUGCAACACCCACCUACGAUACCUCAAAUAUGAAUUAUCAUUCCUACCCAGCGAGUGUUGCACACAAUCAGCAAUACUCAAACUCUGUGACACCAGCUGCCGUAGUUUCACAUCAGCCGCUCAAUCCAAAUAUUACAACAGGUCCACAUAGUGACAUCCAUCCAACUGCUUACUACAACGAUCUCAACAUGCAGACAAGCUACGACACUUAUGUGAGUCCAAUUCAAGCGCCGGCGCUGCUUCAACAGCCGCGUGAAAGCUUAGUACAACGCGUUGACCAUCUGCGAAAUUUGCCACCGCCCUACACGCAGUCGAAUACUGCGAAAAGUUCACUAAUUGACUUUCGCAGAUCAUCAGCAACGAUAAGUGAUGAUUGUUUUAUGGCUGAGACGACGCUGACGAACUUAGAUGAGCACAUGGCUACAAAUAUGAAUCACUUUGACAACAACUUUGGCCUGGACAGCGAGAUGCACCCGAACGACGUAAGCAUGUAUAGCAAAGCUGGGACGGAAGAGAACAUAGAAAAGACUGGCAUCGCAGUAACACCCACCACCAAGACUUACUCAAGUUUACGUGAUUUCCUCAGCACUUGGAAUGAAGAUGAGGAAGAUUAUGGCUGCACAGAUGAGCGAAAGUUUGCUGAGAAUGAGUCGCCGCAGGUGGUGGGGCAAGCUAUGAACGUGGAUGACAGUGUUAGCCGCGCUGAGGUGGCAAAUAAAAUGCCUUGCGCGCAAGAACUGCCGAUCGCAGUCAAGCCAUCAGCUGCUUAUGGCAGCGAUGCCGCGGAAACAUAUCGAACACUACCACAACCGUUGGUAGAAACUAAUUUAGAAUACAAGGAAACAUUUAAUACACGUCCAAAGGCACAAGUUGGCCUCACUAAUGACAGCUCAUUGGGCAUGGAGACAACUCAGUAUGCAAGCAUAAACUUGCCUGAUAUUAUAAUCGAUAUAGAAAAGUCAAAUGGUGCGGGGCCAACGUUGGCCAGCGCGACAAAGUCGAACGACUUCAAUGUGAAAACAGACAUUAGGGAUGCUACCUACGAUAGUUUCGAUGUUGAAAAAGAACUUGAUGAACUCGAAAGCAAAAAGAUGAAGCUAUCAGGAAAAACACCGGGCAUGGCACCCAUACGCACAGGUAGUGUUAUAAUGAGAACCGAAAAUGAAACGCUGGAAAUGACAGAACCAGAAGGAACGUUCGAAAAAGUCAUCGAGAAUGCAACAAAUGAGUUGGAAAGUCGCAAAACAAUGGAAAACUGUGCACUCGUACAUAUUUCACCGAGUAACCUGACAAAGGAGCGAGUGGAAGAAACGCUCAUCUCCUCAGUCUACAAAAGUGAGCUUAACUUAUCAGCCGUCCAAGCUAAACUAGAUAGUUUAUAUGAUAGAGGUAUGGAGAGCGACAACACAACAAGUUCAAAUGGCUCUACAUUUGAGAAAGAAUAUGAAACAUUUAUAAAUAAAAUCGGAAGCGAGUUCGACUUUAAGGCAGCUUGCAGCAAUGAGAGCAAUAGUGCUGUAUUUGAUGCAAGUAUCCUACCAAAUACGCCGAAUGAAGCAACAACGGAUGCAGAAAAUGCCACCAAUAUUACUAAAAUGAGCGACGAAGAACUCUCAAAUGGCACGAACAAAACAUCUGCCAAUCAAAGUUUGCAAAGCGAUCUUGAAAUAGCACAAAAAAUUAAAUGUUUUUCAAAAUUCUAUAAACGCAAACGAAAAUAUUCUGAGUCAGCGAAAGAUGACGAGAAAAGUAAAGUACAUGAGCAUGCACAGAUCAUAGACAAAUGUAAGAAUUUUCCCAUAAACUAUACAAAACGCUGUAAAAAAAGAAAGGAAAAGAAAAUUUUGCUGAAAGCCAUAAAGCCGCGAAAACCAAGAACCUAUACAUUCUACCAAAGGACCUUACGCUCUUUACGCCGUCAUCAUACCACCAGACUUCAACGACUGUAUACAACCACACUGAUACAACAACAAAUUGCCACUCGGUUGAAAACCCAUUUACCAUCAAACAAGGGAAACAGCGUGCAGCAAUUGUCCGGUGAAGUGAAACCUGACUCAAAAUUUUUCAAUCCCAAAAGUCUGAAAUGUAUUUGUGUAUGUUUCGUCAAUUCCGAAAUAUUUCAAAUUAAACUUUUAAACGGUGCAGCAUUUAAGCAGGGAUUUGUUGAGCACGAAAUUAUGAAUACAACUCCGAAAAAUCAAAGUGGUAUUCCGCUUGAAGUGCUGGAAGAAAAAGCCGAUAUUAAACUUUCAAACCAAACUGAAGAGAUUGAGAAUGUAGGAGAAUCUCGCUCAUCAGUUGUGAAAGAUAUUUUUGAUGAAAAUGUGCUAGGUGCAGUUGAGGAAGAAGCCCAGAUUGAACUUAACAACAAAGACAACAGGAAUGAGGGAGAAAUUGAGACUGCCAAGCAAGCUGAAAAUGUCCAAUCUGCGGAAGAACGUCAAAGGCCAAGCGCUGAUUCCGAUUUCAUUGAUGUGAAAGGAGACAUUGAAGUAAACAAAGCUUGGCCAAAUAUGCUGGAAAUGCAGUCGGCGGCUGAAACAAGUGAUAGACAAACGAAUUUGUUAGAUGUUUCCAAUAAUAUGUCAGCAUAUGUAUUUGAAGAUGAUGGUGCGGAAACUAAAAUAACUGCUAAUUUUGUACCAAAUAUAAAACGAGAUAACAACUUAAGCGAUAUCGAAGACAAAAGUUCUGCACAACAGUUAAUCGCAGAGCGCGUACUUGAUCAGGAUGUUGAUGAUUUUGGUGAAAUGACGCACACAGAAACGGAAAUUUCAGCGAAUUCACCAGCAGCGCGUGAUCAAGAUAUUCGAACGGUAAAUGAAGUUCAUGAUGGAAUUAAAAAUGUGAUAGUCACAUCAAUAAACGACGACGUGCCGCUUGGCAACUCAAACUCAUCUCCAAAAAUAAUAGAAAUACUGGAGCAACAAAAUAGUGGAGUUGAAAACGUUGAAAGCGAAGUAACUGAAACAACGGCAUGCAGAUAUUCGAAUAAAACUGAGGAAAAUCGGGCUAGUCUUAUCGAAGAAAGCUCGAAUUUGUGCGCUGAUGAUCUAGUUGAGCAAUUUUCUGUAUAUUCUGAAACGUUUAAUAGCCCAGCGUCUAAAGAGACUAUUGAGAGAAUUGAAGAUGUGGAUGCUAAAAUAGACAACCUAGCAUGCGCAACCAAAUUUGAGGAGACUUCUGUAAACCAAACCGAAGAAAAUGUGAAUAGCUUCUCAGUGGACAUACGCAAAGAAUUUGCUGUAAACUCAGACGCAAUUACCACGACGGCGACUAAGACUACAGCUGAAACAAAGAUAGAAAUUGGUGAUUCCAAAGUUGUUGCUCCGACAUUUUCAUCCAACGAUAAGGAAACUGCGAUACACCAAAUUGAAGAAGAUAUGAAUUCUCUGAAUUCUCCCCAUACACCGGCGAUUAGCAGCCCGGCGGCUGAAGAGGGCAAUUGGAAUUCCUUAAGUCCAAUCGAAACUGAAAAUAUUAAUUGUCCAACAAAAGAUCUGCGUGAAUCAACUACUGCGCAAAAUGAGGGGUAUAGAUUAAUAGAUCAAGAUUUGGAUACAUAUGAAAGAGGAAAAAGUGUCGAUAUGUUUGGAGCGAGAAAAUCUGCUGAAUAUUUCACAGCUUCAUCAAAAAAUUAUUUCAAAAAGUCACCGGACUUCGAUGUUGAUUCCACAGACAGCAACUCAUCGUGUAAUUCAGAUGCAUCCACUUCAUCUUCUGAUCAUAGAUCAGUUACGUCGUCGUCAUCCUCCUCCAGCUCCUCCUCUGAUGAGGAUACGCAAAGUAGUACGACAACGGCACAUAGCGAUUUCGAUGAAAUGAAGGAGUUAGAAAAAGAACUCUCCCAGCAUCAAACAGAUGAACCGCGCAAUCUACAAGCCACGGAAAUAGAGAAAAAGACUGAAGCAGAGCCCCAUACUCAGGAAAACUAUAUCAAGACCUUGAAAGAAAUAUUAGAAAGCGAUAGUGAUGUGCAUGAUGAGGUGGUAACAAACAAGGACGUUCAAGAAAAUUUAGAAAAUCAUGAAGUAGCACAUGCCAACGAUGAUGCACAAACUUCGGAGCAUGAAACAGCUGAGUCCAUGCGAGCGCCUGUUAAAGUUGGCAAGUCAUUGCAAGAAAAUUAUGCAGUAGCGCCUGCCAACGAUGAUGCACAAAUUUCGGAGCAUGAAGAAGCUGAGUCCAUGCGAGCGCCUGUUAAAGUUGGCAAGUCAUUGCAAGCUAAGGAUAGCAUUCUAUUGAUUGGUGGUGAAUCAACCGUUACAAUGCCUGCGAGAAUGUCUGACAGCGUUGAUUUCGAAGUGGUGAAUGCAACGAGCGGGGUCGUAGGAUGUUAUAAGUCAUAUGAAAUCGAAUGUUUGGAGCAUAAAUUGGAAGAAGAAGAAGAAGAGAAUAAAUCGCAAACCAAAUAUUUAAUUAGUGGUGAGAGUGAAGUGCCGAGUUUAAAGAAACUAGUGUUUGACUUUUUGGAGAGAGAAAAUACCAUUGAAGAUCAUUCAAUGAUUAACCGAACUGAGGACGAGUUAAAUAGUAAAAUACCAAAGCUAAGUGACCUUUGUAAAAUUGCCUUAAGUAGUUCCUUUGAAAUUAGCGCCACCACCAACACAAACCAAAACGUUCCAGAAACACUGGAGCGCGAAUUGAGCGUUGAAGAAGCUUUAGCGGAAAUGUUUCGACAAUCUGGAGUCCCUUCAGAUCUCGAAGAUGGCGAUAUGGAAGAGAAAGAAGCUCAAGAUGUAGUACUAAUUAAUCUAGAAGAAAUUUUAGUUAACGAUAGUGAUUUAUAUGUUUUGCAAUGUGAUAUGAAUGAAAAUGUGCUGAGCGUUGUGGCGCAUGCGCAAGCGCAGCCAACCGAUACGCCUAUGGCCGUGUACGAGAGUAUAGAUAAUAUUGUGGAAAGCGGCGAUGAGACGGGCGAACCAUUUAAAGAAGUCAUGCAAUUAGAAAGCCCUCAACAAGAAGUGGCAGGGACUAUAGAAACGACAGAUUUCCUUGGACCUUUCGUGAACAUAGACGGGGGUAUGGCAGAGAAUACAAGCGUUGAAACGGAGAUUUCUUACACUACCUACCCACAAACUCUACCGACUGAAUUUAUCGCAGCCGACAUGAUGACCGCUAACGAACAGUCCAUAACCGUUGAUUCACUUAGUGAUACACAAUUCGAUUUUCCCGCCAUACAUCACGAAGAAAUCGUCUCACACAAUCAUAGGCGCCUCAAGCGACAGGUAUUGUACAAUAGUUUGCGUGAAAAAUAUGUGUUGAAAAGAGUAAAUUUUAGGCCCCAUCAUGGCAAUCGUAUAUUAAAGAAAUAUAUACACCGUUGGAUAUUGCAAUGCCUGAUAGCCAGGUUCAGGGAGCGCGAGUUAAGAAAGGUCCAUAUGUAUGUGACGGAGUAGAAGGUGAACAGGCGAAUAAGUAGGCAUGUAACUGAACGGCUAUUCAGAGCCCAAGCCUGAGUACAUUAGCGAUUUUCUAAUGUAUGGCCUAACUAUUGGAACAAAUGAAAUGGGUCCGAACACGAAGGGGUGACGAACGAGAAUGCAAAUUUUAGUUCUGACUUUUGGGAGUACUGCCUUAAGGUUUCGAAUACAUUUUUUGUAUACCCCGUACAUACUAUCAUACAUACUUACAUAUUUCACGCGCGCUAUGUAAGCCAUAAAUAUGCAGAGUGAUAAUGCGAUAUCUUACUUGUACACAAGACCUAGGCACGGCGCGCGCAUAUCAGCUUGUUUUUAUGGCAUAGUUUCGUAAUUAAAAUAUUUAAAUCCCACGUGCCGGCACAUUUUCAAUGUUUCCUUUCCUACUAGUAAAAGACACAGAGAAUAAACUUAUAUAAACAACUUACAUACAAACACACAUACACACAUUUGCACACCUUUUGUUUGCCAUUGGAAAUCUUGUAUUGUACGAAGAAUCUCAUAAAGUAAAAGUCCUACGAAAAUAUUUUUAAAUGUGUAUAUGCAAUUUUUUUUAUCACAGUUCAUUGUUUGGUUUAACUGCUGCUGUAAAAAAAUAUUGUAUG